AUGACGACACAUGAUAGCAAGGAUAUUGACUUAUGGUCAGAAUGCACGACCGAUACGAUCCUCGAAGUAAGAACGAGUAAGAUGAAAAAGAUGCCCGGGCUCCAGAUUGAAAGCGGAAUCGACAAGUGUAUGUGCACCAACUCUGUGCGUGUGACCCGCUUAGGUCUCGACGGUGAUGAGCAUGAUCCAACCUUUCAUGGUGGGGUGGACAAGGCUGUCCAUGGGUACUGCAGUUCCCACUAUCUGGGUUGGCAGCGUGAGUACCCGUCCGCUGCAGGUCGUUUCCGCCCCGGGGGCUUCGGCGAGAACCUCGUCACGCGCCACUUGAAUGAGCGCAAUGUCUGCAUCGGAGACAAAUGGGCCGUGGGCGACUCUGUCGUACUGCAAGUCAGCCUCCCACGCCAGCCAUGCUUCAAGCUGAACCAUCGCUUCCAACUCAAAAACUUUGCGCCUAAGACGUUUCGAUCGAGUCGUACGGGCUGGUACUAUCGCGUCUUGGAAGAAGGAAACGUCAAGGCAGGAGACAGCAUGACCCUGAUCGAACGUCAGUGGCCCAAGUGGACUAUUGAACGAGUGCAAGAGUUUCUACAUCGGAACCAGGAGGACCUAGCGGCGAAUGAGGAGCUGGCGGCUAUCGAAGCAAUGGGCGAGGAGAGCCGCGGCGCCUUCCAGAAGAGAGUGGCGAAGGCCAAGGCGAGAGCGAAGCGCAAGGGGGAGACGGAACAGAGGGAAGUCUGGCGCGAGUACUACAUCGCUGAAAAGACGACGCAAACACCCCGCAUCGCGUCCUUUCUUCUCAAGCUUCGCGUGCCCAUUGACGAGGAGGAGCAACGGAUCCCCGACGGCGCCCAUGUGAAGCUCCUCCUCCCCAAUGACCUGCAACGGUCUUAUUCUGUCGUUUCGGGAAAUCAUCAGUGCUUUGAGCUAGGUGUUGCAUUGGAGGACGCCUCGCGAGGCGGAUCGAAGUGGCUUCACAGCGUCAUGCCCGGACCGGACGCUGUGGUACAGGUGGGCAGAUUCACAAACGACGUUCCCAACGCUAACGCGGCGAGCAACCACGUCUUUGUCGCUGGCGGAGUCGGUAUUACAGCGUUUCUGGCUUCGCUUGAGGCAUACCACAGCAUCAAUUACAACAUUGAGCUGCAUUACGCUGUGCGUUCGGCGGAUGAUGUGCCUUUUCGACAGCGCAUUGAAAAGUUAGGCGCCAGUGUCAAAGUCUACGACAAGUCCAAAGGCCAACGCCUGGACAUUCGCGAGAUUGUGCGAACGCUCAAGUGGAACAGCCAGCUGUACUUCUGUGGUCCGACUCGCAUGAUUGAGUCUGGUCGCAGAGCCGUCCAAGAAUUUGGCGUGGAUGAGAACGAGGUUCACUACGAAGCUUUCUCAGCAGACACCACAGGCGACCCAUUUGAUGCGGAAGUAUCCAAUCGAGCUGGUAAGAUCGUACAUGUGACUCAGGAAGAAACGCUUCUAGAGGUCCUGAAGAGAGAGUUUGGAGGUGACCAAGUGGAGAGCAGCUGCGAAGUGGGGAAUUGCGGAACUUGCAAGAUCAAUCUGAAGGAUGGAACAGUCGAGCACAGAGGCACGGCAUUGACGAAGGAGCAAAAGCUUCUCGCUCUUCCUGUCACAUCUAAGACCGUCAACGACACCACAUCGCGUACGCCCGAUAGCCAACAGGGAAAACAUAGUAAUAUGGCGACCGAAGAAACAGAGGAUGGCUUCACCGUCUUCCCAAUCCAAAUGCCGGCGGUGCCCUCGUGCCCCAUUACCGCCAUCCACGAAAUUCGACUUCGACGAAACACGCCCAAGAUCCCAACUGCCAUAGAUGGUCGGAGUCUCUUCCUGAAGAAUAUUCCAGUAGAUGCGUCAGAAGCACACUUUCGCGCUGUCUUCAGUCACCUCGUCGGCCCCGGCCGCUUCGAGAGCAUCGCCUUUGAAGGCGAGCGCAGGAGGCGGCUCGAGCUCAAUCCCGCCUCGGCUGCUAAGAUAUCUGCGCUCGUCAAAAAGAGGAAGCGCGAUGAACAGGAGCUCGAGGAGCACGCGCGCGAGGAGGAGUUGGCGCUGCUGCCCGAGACGUGGACGCGCAGGAUACACAAGAGCGGCGGCAGCGCCAUCGUUCUGAUGGCCGAUGAAAAGAGUGUCGACCAGGUGCUGAAGGCCAUUGGAAAGACCAAGAAGAAGAACAAGAUGCCUGUUUGGGGUGAGGGAGUUGCUAGCGACACACCCGAGCUAGGCGCACCGUGGGUUGCGGCGCACCUGCAGCUGUCGAGGGCUGACAAGGCGGCGACGCAGAAGUCGGUGCACGCCUUCUUCAACGUGUUCAAUCGCAAGGAGAAGGAGGCGGCUGAGACAGCCAAGAGACUGCGGAAUGAGCCAGAUGAGGAUGGUUUCGUCACCGUCACGCGCGGCGGACGCGCAACCCCCGCGACAAAGAACGAGGCCGAGGCGGCACGACAGAAGAUGGUCGACCGUGCGGCCAAGAAGAAGGACGAGACAAAGGACUUCUACCGAUUCCAGCUGCGCGAGAGGCGCAAGGCCGAGCAAGCACUGUUGCUGAAGAAGUUCGACGAGGAUAGGCAGAAGGUGCUUGCUAUGAAGGAGAAGAGGGGAAACUUUAGGCCAGAGACUUGA